AUGUCUGCCACAGCCGAGUACGACUAUCUCUUCAAGCUUCUCCUCAUCGGCGACUCUGGUGUUGGCAAGUCGUGCUUGCUUCUCCGCUUUGCCGACGACACCUACACUGAGAGCUACAUCUCGACGAUUGGCGUCGACUUCAAGAUCCGUACCAUUGAUCUCGAGGGCAAGACCGUCAAGCUUCAGAUCUGGGACACAGCUGGGCAGGAGCGCUUCCGCACCAUCACGUCGUCUUACUACCGUGGGGCUCACGGCAUCAUCGUCGUCUACGAUGUGACCGACAGUGACACGUUUGCCAAUGUGAAGCAGUGGCUGCAGGAAAUUGACCGCUAUGCUGUCGAGGGUGUCAACAAGCUGCUUGUUGGCAACAAGUCGGAUCUGGCGACCAAGAAGGUUGUCGACUACGCCGCUGCGAAGGCGUUCGCCGACGAGCUCGGCAUCCCCUUCCUCGAGACUUCUGCGAAGAACGCCACCAAUGUCGAGCAGGCAUUCCUGACCAUGUCGAAGCAGAUCAAGGACCGCAUGGGCUCCAACUCGAUGGGAGGCGGGCCGAAGCAGAAGAUCAAUGUUGGCCAGAACGUCGAGCAGAAGACGAACGGCGGAUGCUGCUAA